UUUGACAUUUAACACACAAAAACAAAAGCUGUCAGAAAAUGCGUCAUCUUUUUCUUUAAAAAAUAAAAUAAAGAAAAUUAAAUAAUUUGUUUCACAAAAAAAUACAUCGUUUAAAUUGUAUUUGCCUAAAAAUGCAAGAAAAUCCCGAACUCUAUGAAGAAGUUAAAAUAUUCCGCAAUGCACGUGAACGUGAGAAAUAUGAUAACAUGGCUGAUCUCUAUGCCAUCAUAAAUACUUUACAAAAUCUAGAAAAAGCUUACAUCCGAGACUGUAUCACACCCCAAGAAUACACAGCUGCGUGUUCCAAGUUCUUGGUGCAAUACAAAGUUGCAUUUAAACAAGUUCAAGGAGAUGAUUUCCCUACAGUCGAUACAUUUGUUAAAAAAUUCAGACUUGAUUGUCCGGCUGCUUUAGAACGCAUCAAAGAAGAUCGUCCAAUAACAAUCAAAGAUGACAAAGGCAAUACCAGCAAGUGUAUUGCCGAUAUUGUAUCACUGUUUAUUACCAUCAUGGAUAAACUUCGAUUGAAGAUCAAAACAAUGGAUGAAUUGCAUUUCGAAUUGAAGGAUUUGGUUGAUACCAUGAAUCGCUUGUCUAUUAUUCCAGCCGAUUUAGAGGCAAAAGCUAAGGUCGAAGGAUGGCUAGCCACCUUAAAUGAAAUGCAGGCAUCUGACGAACUUACCGAUGGACAAGUUCGACAGUUUCUCUUUGAUUUGGAAUCUGCAUACACAGAUUUCACUAAACUUUUACAUAAUCAAUAAGCACUUUUUUCGUAGCGAUGUUUUAAUAUAAUAAUUAUAAAUAUAUUUACAAUAAAGAUUUCAUUUUUAAAUUUGCGUCAAUUUCGUUAAA